ACACAUUUGGAUUGGUCGUUACAGUUUCGAACAAAAAAGUAUGUAGACUGCAAGAGGUUAUAUGAUAUGCACACUUUUAUUAUUAUAUAUGUAUGAAAGUAAAGAAUUUGUAAUAAGUAAAUAGAUAGAGGAUGUCGAUAAACGAUAGCCGUCUACACACGGUGAAUGACAUAUUUAACAGAAUGUCCAAGGAUUUCGUAACUGUCGAUGGCAACGUGAAGAAGAUUCAAAAAGAGAAUCUAACAUCGUACAAAGUAGCAACUGUUAUUUUAAUUAAAGUUUAUUGUAAUGAAACUACUAAAGCAAUUGUGGAGAGACGCGAUUUUUGUUUAGCGUCGUUGAAGCUAAUUCAGUCAGCAGACUUGGAAUUGACUCCUCUGUUGGACAUGUUGUACGAACCAGAAUAUGCUUUACAUCGGUUUGCAGAUCAGCUGGAAGUAGAGCUGGAUGUCUUGUAUGAGAAAGGAGUGGAUGGACUAUUAGAUCUGUUUGAUAGUCUUCGCCGAUUAAUGGAACCCAAGGAUCAUUCGCUUUCUUUACCAGCAUUGAACAGGAAUUCUGUUCUUGGGCUGUACGUUCGUAGGAUGCUUAUCUUUUUCGAGAAAUUGGCCUUUGAUCAAGUAGUUAUUCUUUAUAAUGAUCUAAAAAAAUACAUUGAGAGAAAAAUCAGUAAUCCAGAAAACUCUGAUAUCUCUGUAAUCUCUAAACAAGAAGAUUCUGGUCCACAUAAAGUAAAAACCAUUUGGGGUGGAAGACAGGCUGAAUUACUCGUAGCACAGCAAGCGCAUGCAUUACAAACUGACGAGCAUAAAGCUCUGCCACCAGUAGAUCUGCAGGCUCUUGUUCAAGACCUUUUGAAGUCUACUCCCUAUAAUGCGGAUGCGCAUUAUUUGAGUUACUUAAAUUGCAUUCGCGUGAGUGACUUUUGCGGAGCGGUGGACAGUCUAUAUCAUUGUUUUGAUAGACUGGCACCUUUGGAGAAUCGAUCCACACCCGAAGAUCGAUCUCGUACAUUUCGAUAUGCAGCGCUCAACCUAGCCGUCUUACAUGCCCAGUUUCACCACAAGGAAAUAGCACAAUACGCUUUAAAGGAAGCUAUCACAUUAGCUCAGGAAGCUGGAGACAACGUGUGCUUGCAGCUCGCGCUUUCUUGGAUGACCUACUUGACCAACGAAGAUAAUAAAGGACCUCUCAUAGAACGCUCGGUCGGCAAAGCGAGUUUGCUUGGAAUUACACAUACGACAGGCUUAAGCCUCAUUUCGCACGCACAUAAUUAUACCCUGCAGGCCAAGAAUCCUUCACAAAUAUUCGAGAUAUUGAUGAAGUCGGACAUGUUAAAUUGCCAACAUUCAAUGUCCGACUUAAUGUCCAUUACAUUUGCGGAGAAAUCCGCAUUGUGGGCGUACUAUGGUAAAAUGGAAAUGGCUUCUCUUUGCGGCCAGUUGUUGCUUCUCCAUAAUACGGGUGAUAAAAAGCAGCACAUGUUCAAUGGGCCAUCCACAUGCCAGGCGAUUGUCACUGUCGCCAAUAUGUUGAUCGAACUGGGCGAAUAUAUUAUCGCGGAUAUUGUGCUAACUCAUGCCAAGAAGAGAUUUCCCAACAAUCCUUGCAACAAAAUAUGGAUGCUGAGCGAACAGUUGCAUAUGUUUACACAAUUAAUGAGGCAAGAGAAAUGGAGCGAGGCGGAGGCAACAGCCAGAAGUAUUUCCAGUUUAGAUAAAUUGGAAUGUAAUCUCAAAUUGGCGGAAGUUUGCUUGGCAAAAGGCGAUUUUCCAAAAGGGCUUGAGUACAUUAGCAUUAUCAUGAAGGAUGCAGAUGUGACUCCAUUGUAUAUAAUACGUGCAACACUUCUCUUCAGCCAGAUUAUGUGCGCUUCGUCCUCACCAGGCAAUGGAUCAGCGGUCGCCACUAAUUGCAUAGUACGUCUUUGUUCUGCCUUGGAAUUAGCCACAAGAAAUCAUCUGUCGUACUACAAAGCACUUGUCAAGAUGCAUCUCGCUAACACACAAUUGUUGAUGGACUUACCCACAUUAGCCUUGAAUCUAGUGGAGGACGCUAUCCCCACAAUCCUAGGUCAUGGUGGUUGUUAUGAUCAAGGUAAAGCAUUUAUGUUGUACGGCAAGUGUUUGAUAGCUUCGGCGCCGGAGAAUCCUUCUGAAGCGCGGAAGGAGGUCAUUUUAACCGGGAUAAAAGCUCUGUCAAAGGCGCAGGCACUCUUCACCAAGGUCAACGCCAUCGCGAAGGUCAAGAGCUCUUUGCAUCUGCAAGCUGUCUUUUAUAAUGAAGUCGAUCUUCUGCUUGAACGUAAUCGAUGCGCCUUCGAGUUUCGUCAACUGGGCGAACAAUACCUAAUGGCUUCUACCAAUCCGUUUGUGUAUUAAAAUUUAUAAGAGACUGUUCUUUUUUACAUAAAAAUACAGAAAAAAAACAAAGAUAUAAA